AUAAGAUCCUCGGAAUGGACAAGCCCCAGCUGAUCGAGCACCUCCACGAGGCUGUCAACUACACGGUGUACGACACCAAAUGGGUGCCUCUUUCCGCCAAGUUCGUGGUUCUUGGCUCCAAGGCCAACGGGCAUGGAAUCAUGGACAUCUACGAACUCAACCAGGACAAGCUGGUUAAGGUGAAGUCCGUGGAGAAGAAGGUGGCCUUCAAGUGUGGCACCUUUGGGGCAGCUUCGCUGAGGAACCGCCACAUGGCCAUCGGGGAUUUCGAGGGCAGGCUGCAAGUUCUCGACAUGGAGCAACCAGAUCUGCCGGUCUACAAUGUGAAGGCCCACAGUGGCAUCAUCAACACCAUCGACGCAAUUGGCGGCACUCAGAUCGAUUGUGGAGCCCCGGAAAUCGUUACUGGCAGCCGGGAUGGCGCCGUAAAGGUCUGGGACAUCCGCCAGGGGCAAGCUCCUGUGGUGGACAUGUCGCCGCCACCGCAAAUGGGAGAUGGCGUCAACCAGAGCAGCGCUCGCCGGGAUUGCUGGGCCGUGGCCUUUGGAAAUACCUACAACGCCGAGGAGCGCAUCGUUGCCGCCGGCUACGACAACGGGGAUCUGAAGAUAUUCGACCUACGCUCACUCUCCGUGCGCUGGGAGGCCACCAUGAAGAACGGAAUUUGCGGCUUAGAGUUCGAUCGCCGGGAUAUUCCUAUGAACAAGCUGGCGGUGACCACUUUGGAGGGCGGACUCCUUGUCUACGACAUGAGAACCCAGCACCCAACCAAGGGAUUUAGCUAUGUGGAGGAGCGCAACGCUGGACGGAGCGUGGGCACAAAUGGCGUGAUCAGCGGUCCAAAGGCCACCGUGUGGGUGGUGCGCCAUCUGCCCCAGAACAGGGAUAUCUUUCUCACGGGCGGAGGAACUGGCUCGAUCCGACUGUGGAAGUACGAGUAUCCCGACAGGAGGGUCGUUGAUGAUUCGGAUGGCAACAAGCUGGGAGUGGCCGGAACGCUGAACAUGGUCAGUGCAGCCACGUUGAGCACUCAACCGGUUCACUGCUUCGACUGGCAUCCGGAUAAACUGGGCCUGGCCGUCUGUGGAGCCUUUGAUCAGAGUGUUCGCGUUUUGAUCACCACCAAAUUGAACACUUAUUAAGUGGAAAUCUAAAGGAAGACACCAAGAAACGCCUCAUACAUGUGAUAUGGGUUCAUGGGUAAA